AUGGCGUCCAUCGGGGUGCUGUCGCCGCGCCCCAUGGGCCCCGCGGCCAGCCUGGACGUGACUGCGCUCGACAGCCUGUGCUCAGGCAGCCUCGACGAGCUGCUCGCGGCCCACAGGGCGCCGGCCCGCAGCAGCGGCACCGCGACCAGCCCGCUGUCCCCCGGCCACGCGGCCGGCCGCCCCCGCGGCGACCCCGAUGGCGAAGAGGACGACGGCGGCGUGGCAGGGGUGGACCCUGUGCGGGCCGCCAAGGUGCGCGCCGCGACAGACUUUGUGAAGAAAAGCUGGCAGUACAAGGCGACGGGCUCUGUGUCGGCGGCGGCUGUGCUGGCGGACCUUCACGUGCGCCGUGUGCCGCACGGCGGGCCCGAAGGCAUGAAGCGCGUCGCGGCCGGCCUCAUCAAGGCCAACGCCCUGGACGACACCACGUACGUGUACGACCUGGGCAACACGCUGCGCCUCUUCAAGGCCUGGCGCGCCGCCAUGCCGCGAGUGGCGCCCUUCUACGCCGUCAAGUGCAACCCCGAGCCGGCGCUGCUGCGCCUGCUGGCCGCGCUCGGCGCCGGCUUCGACUGCGCGUCCAAGGCGGAGCUGGAGGCGGUCGCGGCGCUGGGGGUGCCGCAGGACCGCGUCAUCUUUGCGCACCCCUGCAAGCGGCCCGCAGACCUGCGGUUUGCGGCGGGGGCUGGGGUGCAGCUGACGACGUUUGACACGGAGGGCGAGCUCGGCAAGGUGGCGGCCAUGUACCCGGGCGUGGGCCUCGUGCUGCGCGUGCGCUGCGACGACCCCGACGUGAGCGGGGCUGCUGCUGCUGCUGGCGCGGUGUGCUUUGCGGUGUAA